AUAAACCUUCCAGCUGACCUGUUGCUGUCUGAGUCACUGUGGACUUUCCACUGUGUUGAAACAUCAGCUGGUAUAAAGGCUGAGCGACACCAGAACCUCUUCAUCUGGAUCAAACUGCCACUCUUCAAGAUGAGACGUGUCGUCGUCGUCGUGCUCGCUGUGUUGUGUGUGUGUGAUGCUGUGACGUUCGGUCCUCUCUGCAGUGGGAACUCUAACAACAGCAGACGGAGGUCGGACUCCUGGGGACAGGGACACUACGGGGCCAGACGGGGGGACCGGGUCCACAAAGGUCUGGACAUCGUGUGCAGAGACGGGUCCACCGUCUACGCUCCGUUUGACGUCACGCUGCACGGAAACGUCAUCGUGUACACCGACCCGGCGAAGGCGGCCAUCAACAACGGCAUCAACCUGAGAGGAGAAGGUCUGUGCUUUAAGUUGUUCUACGUUCGGCCUGAGAAAACCUCAGGAUCUGUGAGGAAGGGCCAGAAGAUCGGCACCAUGCUGCCCAUGCAGAGUGUUUACCCCGGGAUCACCUCACACGUCCACGUCCAGAUGUGCGACAAGAGCGACCCAACACCGUACUUCUGAUGGACCCAGGAGGAGUUCUGAUGGACCCAGGAGGAGUUCUGUAACAUCUGUGUGUUCACAUCGAAGAUGUUUUUAAAGCCAAAUGCUCCUCUGUAAAUAAAAUGUAAAAAGCA